GUACAUACCAUCCGUGCACCGUGUCCAUUGCCUAGUAGCUGUCUGUUCUUCCCUCCUCCUCACUCAGUUGAGUGAGUGGUGCCCUGCCAUGCCUCUGCUGGUGUCCCUGGUCUUGUCUGUAGUGCUAUACGGCUCGUACAGCGGUGGAGGAGGACCAUCACCCGCACCCUCCACACCCACAAGCCCAGACCACGCGUCCUUCAAGCUCAUCAUCUCUUCGCCAACACCCGCCUCUUCUCCAUCGCCAUUAUCAUGCUUCUCCACAGCUGCUGUCCGCUCCCCCCCGCGGCCUUUGAGGUGUUCCUCCAGGUCCUUCUCCUGCUUGUCCUGCAGUCUCAUGACGUCCUCCAUGUCCAGCUCUUCACCAUGCUCCUUGACUGCGGUGAGGAUGGCGUCGUCCUGCUGCUCGAGCCCCGCCCACAUGGAUGCGGCUGCCGAUUGGUCGCCGUCCUUGCCCCACUUCUUGAUGCGGCCCAGAUGGAUGGGAUCCUCAGCGGCAGCAGCUGCUGUGAUGUCCUCGUGCAGGACGUUGGCCAGCAGGAUGGGAUUGCCAGAUGCAGCGAUGACGCGCUCCUCGCUGAAGGCGGCAGCGGCGCCCAGCCACGAGACGAGGAGGAUGACCAGAUUCCCGGCAUGCUCACCGGGCGGCAUUCUCAGGAAUUG